CGAGGAGCAAGGACCUGAAACUUCUGACUCUGAAUAGGUGACAAAUGACAUUUUGUGAAGCUUGUUUAAUUUUAACUGGACUGUUUUCUGAGUGAGUAGGAGGUUAAGAAUUUGAGCUCAUAGAAGGGACGGUUAAUCAAAUAUAGGCAAAGACGGAGAAAGCAGCCCAUCCGUUCGGUGAGAGGAGAGGUGACUUCGCCGCAAUAAAAUGUUUGGAAUGAUCAAGAACACGCUCUUUGGAGUCACAGAGGAGACGGAAUAUAAACUGUUGAGCAGCGAGACCAAGGAUGGUGUAAGCUUCGAGACAAGACGAUACGAUGCUUCUAAAUAUGCAGUUGUGUCUUCUGAGGGUCGAACCUUUGACCAGGUUAGUGGAGAGCUGGUGAGGAAGCUGCUCAUGUACAUUGGUGGAAGCAAUGAGCCAGCUGAGGCCAUGGGUACAGCCACUCCUAUCAUCAUCACCGUGUACCCAAGAAACGAUGGAGUUCUAUCCCGGCGUUUGGUGGCAGGCAUUCGUGUCCCGACAAUGUACCAGCAGGCCCCGCCUCCUCCCACAGACACCUCCAUCCGCAUCGAGGAGCGACCAGGAAUGACUGUUUAUGCUUUACAAUUUGGGGGCUUUGCUGGAGAGACUGAGUACCGGGCAGAGGCCUUGCGUUUGACACGUACUUUGGGUGAAACAGCACCCUUCCAACGUAAGCAAUACUUCUGCUGCAGCUUUGACCCACCCCUGAAGCCUUAUGGACGCCGCAAUGAGGUCUGGUUUCUCCAAGAGGAGCCGUAGGGACUCAGAUAAAAUCCACAACUCAAUGUGGCUUCACAGAACUCCCCAUAGGCUGAACUAUGAUCCAUGUAGCCUACUUUCUCUUCUAUGUUAUCUGUAUGUAAUCUAUGUUUCUAUAUGUUUAUAAAGGUUUUUGGGUUUUUGCACAUGAUGUUAAGUUUACAAAGUGGGGUAGCUGAGAUGUAAUGAUUGCUGUGAAGUAGCUGCAUAACCAGUUUGAGAAGAGCACAGGAAAUAUAUAGGAGCUGAGCCAUAAAAUGUAAGUAAUCUUUAUCAACAAGUGGAUUUGGGCAGUGUUGUUUUAAACUGUGAAAUACUUUUUUGACAAAAUCAUUUGUGUAGCCUUUGUGUGUACAGUGGUCUGUGUUAAAUGCAUGAUGACGCCAUUUUGAUUUAUCUUUGAUUAAUGGUGUUUAUGAAAGAGCUCUGUUAUUAUUUUAAUCAUAUAUUAAAAUAAUAUAUUUGUGGUUUCUGUGGUGUAUAUUUUUUGUACUUCAGGGAAAUAUUAUUUAAUUAAAGGGGAAACACUAUGUAUUAUUCAUUUUUAACCAUGAUGUUACAAUAGCGUUCUUUGUCACUAUCUUACUGAUGAGUUGUUUUUCCAUUUAUUCAUUAAAGGCGCACUAUGUAA